GUCACCAACGCCCUCAGAGAUUCGCGCUAUAUAAGACUGCUCCCCGUUUCUAGGGCUAGCAAGCUACAGCACCCUCUCGCGACUGGCUAUCUCCCACAUCUGAAGCUCCUCUACGUUCGCCAUGUCCGCCGACCUAUCGCCACAGGGAUUCCUAACAGACACCAAUCUCUUCGUCCUUGAGCAGGCCGCUACCACCAACUUGUUUGAAAACAUCUUGACGGGCGUCCUUCUGCCUACUACAGAGGAAGGGUACCGAACGCGCCUGAGCAUACCUAGCGAGGUUGAAGACUUGCCUCAAGCUAUCAGGCUGCUUCUGAGCGUGUAUAAUCCGGUCAAUGCCGAUUGCGUCAGCUUCAGAGACGAAACUAUGGUCAACAUCAUCAGCAUGGCCGAGGACAUCUACAGCUACGCGCAGAAGGUCGCGGGAGACGGUGCGUCAUAUUUCGUUAUCUUCCAGGGCCUCAGAGAUAUGGCGGACUAUGACUCGCCAUACAAUGCGCUGCAUCUGUCGACGUUCACGCUGGAGAUCGAUGCAUUAAUUCAGGAUAUCGCCCGCUACCGAUCCAAGGCUCAGGUCAUCGCGAAAGAAGUACACAGAUUUAACAGGCAACUUGCGAGCGAUGCCGAUAACCUAAAAAAUACCCAAGAGAACGUCAGAGGCGAGCUCGACCGCGAAGUCGCCGGCAACGUAGACGCCGGCGUGCAGGCGGAAAUAGACGAACUUCGUGCACAAGCGAAGGAGCUACAAGCGCAGGCCCAGGAUCAACGGGCGGGUGGAUGGAUGCGCACGCUCAUGUGCACGAUGACAGGUCCUUCAUUGUCCACGAUAGAGGAUCGUCAGAAAAAUAUAGCAGCUCGAAUCAGCGAGCUCAAUGCUACCAUCCAGAGUGCCACCGAACACGGGGCCAACGAUUCUUUUCAUCCAUACGCGACUCGAAUGGCCGCAGACACGGCGUUGGUUGAGGCAAGUGAAGGCUUGAAUGACCUCGUGGCUACGUGUGGACCCGCCGCCGACAUCGUCGACGGCAUGGUCACUGAAUGGGGCAACAUCCUCGAUGACCUCGUUCACCUGAAAAGCACGGUCACGGAGGACCCGAACGCCAGCGCCAGCGCCAUGCUCGAGAUGAUGGAUCAGGACGAAGUCGAGCAGAAGUGGAGUAUGCUCGCAGAGCGUAUCAACAAUUUCUUGACUGUCGCACGCGCAAUGGAUCAGAAACAGCAGACAGUGUAA